UCCGAUUUCAUGGGGAGUGGCUACAUGCGUGUGUAAAUAACGAGUAGUUAUGGUUAUAAAAAACGCCAAAUGGAAUUAUAAACUCUCUGUGCAAAACAAUAUCAGGCGAUGAUGAGAAUGAAAAAGAAUCCAACCUAUAGGAUGUCCUUUUUAAUACUUAUCGGUGUGAGUUUUUGAUCUUUCUGGCCACAAGCAACUACGAUCCAUUUUAGGAAUCACUCGGAGACGUAAAAUGACAAUUAAGGCCUCGUAUCCCAGAUUUCCGGUAUCCCUUGACACUCACCAAAGCGGCAGUUCGAGAUCGACCGGUUUAUUACGACAAGGCUAACCUGCAGAACAGUCGCAAGUUUGACGAUAACACAGCUGAAAUAUCUCUUUGUCAUCAUUUUAGUCAGCCUUUUUACCUUAUAGACAUGUCUGAUGAGGUGGAGAAGAAGCUUGAUGUAGAGAAUUCCAACUCAAACCCGGAGGAAAGCCUGAAGGAACAAGCCGCCGGUGAUGACGAGUCUACGGAACAGAAAAAAAAAUUUUCCGUUCUGAAGGUGAAAUUUGGACCAGAUUCUUCUGGAGACACAAGUGGAGAACACUCGAAUGAGUCUUCUUCACCAUCCAGUCCGAUCGAAAGCCCGCGAAGCCCUGAACAUUUCACUCACGGUUACGCUACCAACGAAGCCAUCCCCAUGACUAUCUUCUAUCGCAGUCAGCACUCGCACGGACACGGUGGAAAACAACGGCCCACACUGCAGCAACUACGAAAAGGCUUAGAAAAUGACAAGGCUGAAUUUAUAGAGGAAACUGCCCCUCUGGAUGAUAGCAAAUUAGAAGAUGGCCAGGAUUCUAUAGAAAUAAGAAAUGCAAGGAGUGCACCAAAGUUUGGUUGGAUCAAAGGUGUGCUUUUUGGCUGUCUGCUCAACAUAUGGGGUGUGAUGCUUUAUUUACGGCUCUCCUGGGUGGUGGGACAAGCUGGAAUAGCUUUGGCUUCUCUCAUUGUGAUCAUGUCUGCUGUGGUAACUACUCUGACGACAUUAUCAUUAUCUGCAGUUUGUACCAAUGGUGAAGUCAAAGGAGGUGGUGCCUAUUAUCUCAUUUCCCGCAGUCUAGGGCCUGAGUUUGGAGGCUCCAUUGGCAUAAUCUUCUCAGUAGCCAGUGCUGUGGCAACAGCAAUGUAUGUGGUUGGCUUUUCAGAAACAGUGCGAGAUAUUCUCCGGGACAAUGGCUCCCUUAUGAUAGAUGAGUCCAAUGACAUACGCAUUGUAGGCCUCAUUACUGUUGUCAUUCUCCUUGGCAUCACCAUGAUUGGGUUAGAAUGGGUUGUGCGUGCACAAAUGUUACUUCUCAUAGUACUAGUUAUUUCCAUUCUUAAUGUGCUGAUUGGCACUUUCAUCGGGCCACAGUCUGAGGAAAGCAGAAGCAGAGGUUUUGUUGGGUACCAAAAGGAAGUGUUUGAGACCAAUUUGGGUCCUGGUUAUAAAGGCGAGAGUUUCUUCUCUGUCUUUGCAGUCUUCUUUCCUGCUGCAACAGGGAUUUUAGCUGGGGUGAAUAUAUCUGGUGAUCUCAAAGAUGUGCACAAGGCUGUUCCAAAGGGGACCUUGCUGGCCAUUCUAAUCAGCACCAUUGUGUAUGUCAUGCUUGCCUGGUUUGUGGGUGGAUGCGUCGAAAGGGAAGCUCUGGGGUUUGUGCAGGAGGUGUUGCAAAAUAAGACUUUGGCUUCUUGUGUAGAACAGGAGUGUAGAUAUGGGCUUCUAAAUGAUUUUCAGGUUAUGGAGGAAGUGUCGGGAUGGGGUCCAAUUGUAACAGCAGGCAUCUUUGCAUCCACUUUGUCCUCUGCACUUGCGAGUCUUGUCGGGGCACCCAAAGCAUUCCAAGCAGUUUGCAAAGACAAGCUUUUUCCUUACAUAGAUUUCUUUGGUGUUGGUUAUGGGCCUGGCAAUGAACCUCGUAGGGGCUACAUCUUGGCUUUCUUCGUGGCGGCAGCGUUCAUUGCCAUCGGAGAUCUCAACGUGAUUGCCCCAAUCAUUUCCAACUUUUUCCUCAUUGUGUACGCUCUCAUCAACUACGCCGUGUUUGCUGCCUCGUUAUCGCGUUCUCCGGGAUGGCGGCCCUCGUUUAAGUACUACAACAUGUGGGUGUCGCUGUUAGGGGCCUUGCUGUGUAUCGCUAUGAUGUUCCUUAUCAACUGGUGGGCCGCACUGUUGACAAUAUUCAUUGUGCUGAUAUUGUACAAGUAUGUCGACUUCACCAAACCUAAGGUGAAUUGGGGAUCAUCUGCGCAAGCGUACACUUUCGUGCAGGCCUUGCGCUACACUCGCCGAUUGGAUGGAAUUGGUCAUCACGUGAAAAACUUCCGUCCACAUUGUUUAGUGUUAACCGGACAUCCACAAGACCGACCCAACCUUACAUACCUAGUGUCUCAGAUCACUAAAAACGUCAGCCUUAUGGUGUACGCUAAUGUGAUAAAGGAAGCUUUUGGAAUGCUCCCUGAAGACGAAUCAGAUGUCGAGUGGAUGAGAAAACACAAGAUCAAAGCUUUCCGCGCUGUGACCACAGCGCCCAGUCUCCGCAUGGGGGUGCAGUCCAUGAUUCACCUCACCGGACUGGGAAAGAUGCGGCCAAACACGGUUGUCAUGGGCUAUAAGAAUAACUGGACAGAUAAGAGGUACUUAAGUGAGGUAGUAGACUAUCUUGGCGUUAUUAACGAUGUCUUCGAGCUCAAGUAUGGUCUGGUCAUUCUUCGAAUGAACGAAGAACAGAAGAAAAAUUUCAUCGUAGAGAAGGUGGAUGAAAGCUCUUCGUCGGAUUCGGACUCGAUUAUAGAAGAAGACGAAUAUCCUAAGCCCAAACGUUCCUCUCCGGCGAAAAAGUCAACGAACGAAGAGAGAGAAAGUCUUACUAGCCCUGAGAAGGCGUCCGAACUAACGUCCGAAUCUUCGCCGACACCGGAGGUCAAGAUUGCAUUGAAAGAGAAACAAACGGGCACCAUCGAUGUCUGGUGGCUGUACGAUGAUGGUGGCCUGACGGUAUUGCUGCCGUACCUGCUGACACUUCAUCGUGCCUGGAAGAAGUGCAAAUUGAGGUUUUUCUCAGCUAACAUUCGCUCCAAGCACGAGGUGAAUCCGCAAGGUUUGCAAAUGGCAAACUUGUUAAAGAAGUUCCGCGUUGACGCUAGCUGCGUGGAGCAAGUUGAAAUCAAUGAACCGCCGUCGAAGGAGAGCAUCGAUGCUUUCAGACGUCUGCCAGUCAAAGAGGAGCUUGGAGAAGAGCCUAUCAAAGACCAGAAAGUUCUUAGAACGAUUCGCAUCGGAGAACUCGUGCGGCAGCACUGCUCAGAGGAGACAAGGUUGGUCGUAAUCUCCAUUCCAGUCCCCGUCACUGACGUCACAACCCCUUUGAUGUACAUGAGUUGGCUUGAGGUGAUGUCCGCUGACUUACCGCCGGUUCUACUCGUACGUGGCAAUCAAACCAAUGUGUUGACAUUUUACUCCUAGUUUAGACUUUAUUUUUUGGUCAUAAACCUUUUCUUAGCCUACAUACGCGUCCUACGAAGGCGGUUCUGUUUCAGUUUGAUGGUUUAGCGAACUCAGCUCAUACUAAUAAAUAUUACUGGCGAAACAGAGAAAGCGAAGCGAAGAAAGUUGUCCUGUUUGAAAAAUCUUGCUACCACGGAACUGAUCCCACUUAAGUUUGGAUUGUGAGACGUUAGCGUUUUAAAGCAAUACCAGUAAUUUAUAACCUUCCCUCCCCCCUCCCCCACCCCCCGAAGAAAAAAACGGAAAAAAAAGGAAAAAACUUCAAAAUAGUCCGAAAUGUUUAACUCGUAGUGGAACACAGCUUACUUUACUCAGAAAUUGCACUUCAUGCACUCUUUAGCUUCCAUGAUACAACUAUUUCACAGCUGCUAUCCUUCAAAAACACUUUCAAAUUCUAUGUUAAUGGCUUUAACGUCUCAUUGGUUGACGUCUUUUUAGCUUAUUUAUGCAACCGUCUAACCUUAUGUACGAUCAUAGUGAGGUGUCGUUGAUGGAGCUUAUGCCAAAGGUUCCAAUAACGACACCUCUCUAAUGCAAAACUAAAAUGUUUAGGUUUCUAAAAAUAUUGCAAAGAUCAGCGAGAUGGGUAUAUCUGUCACAAUUAUUGGAUGAAAUUACCAUUUCAUGAAAAACAGCAGCAGUUUUACUCGUAAACAAAAAAAUGCACUCGUGCCAUACAGUUUGUCUUCCGUAUUGGAAGACAGUGCUUGAGGUUGAAAGAGUUUUUUGAAAAGAAUCAAUCAAGAAGUAAACUUUAAGCUGAAUCACCAUUGAUUUCCAGCAUCGCGAUAUCACUUCGAUCACAUUCUCACUCGAUGAAAGUUAAUAAUAAAUCCUUAAAUCAUUAUCAUGUACUGAUAAUUAGUAACGUAUUGUAAGUUGUCCUACUUAAAACCGCGUGGUGUUGAUGAGGAUAUUGUCACCUGGUUUUCAGUGGGACAGUGUUAAACCCCGGUGUAAAAAAUACUUUACGAUAGGGUAAAAUGACAGAAGUAUAUUUAGCCUGUAUCGAGGCUUUGUAUUGACAAGGCGACUGCUUCUGCCAUAAUAAUUGGCACCAGUUAAUAUAUUUUAGCAGUAAAAAUUGACAUUAGAAUAAAAUUGGUUUAGCAAAUUGCCUUUAAGGGUUGAGGUAAAGAGCAGAUUAUAUUAUUAAUGAUUUGCAUUCUUUUUGGACCAAACUAUUCAGUAUUGUCUUAAGAAAGACCUAAAUCUCAGUGCUCAUAUCUGCUCUCUGCGACUCUACGCUUAUGAAACUGCCACCUACAAUUCAUAUAGCAACACUACAGCUUUGAUACUAACUCUUACCUAAGAUCUGCAUUAACUGUCUUCUUGGUUCGUUUCCAACCAUUUGACAGUCGAUUGCACGAAAACUUAGGCGAUGAUUUCGAAUAAUUCCUCCCUAACAACCCGAUCUUCAUAUUGGUAAUUCUUCUGUCGAAGUGAGACACCUUACUUUUUAAAACAACGCUUUUUAUUUUAACACUCAUGUUACUUACAAGCUUUAUCAUUUAUAUAUUUAAUGGAUUCGUACAAGUACAAGUACAGGUGCAUAACAAUAGGACAUAAGUCCCCUACCUGGUUAAUACACCCAUACCCACCACCCAUCCCACCCCAGGGGAGGACAUCCACCACACAGUAAUCUCGUGCGUGGGAAAUUAACGUCUCCUACCCCAGCCCUGCAGGAGACGUGGCCUACGGUUUUACGUCCUAUCCGAGAAGACGAAGCAAUGUGUGAGGCGUCUUGCUUAAGGACACAACGUCAUGCCCCAGCCAGGACUUGAACUCGGGCCGUCCGACCCAGAGUUCAGCACACUGACCCACGCCUCAACCAUUUGACACCUUUCCCAUCAAUGGAUUCAGCGUACUUUUAGUAUUAAACAUUUGCUUUAUUUAAGAGUUCUGUGCAAGCUGUUGAGAUCAUUUGGUCGGGAGGAUGGGAAGACGUGCGGGAUGAGAAAACCUGUAGUGUGAGAAAGCCUGCGGGAUUAGAAGACUUACGGAAUAGGAGCAACAGCAGGACGAGAAGACCCGCGAGAUGAGUUGACCUACAGGUUAAGAGGGUACAGGUCUUUUCAUUUCGCGGGUCUGAACGUACUAAUGCAGAUUUAAGUUUCGGUUCCAGAAUAUUUGGCUCUGGUUGCAUAUCCAACAUUGUCUUAGGUAAAUUUGGACGGUGCUGUUGUUACGCGAGUCAUCUCGGUCAUCAAACUCACGAAC